AUGACGGUUUAUAAUCCCUUUGGGAGAAGAAAGAAGAAUGAAAUUGCAGGGCUUGAUGUUGGGGGCUGCUGGAUCGAGGAUCCAAAGACCAUUAAGGAGAACGUCAAAACGUUCUUCGAGAAUCACUUCAAGAAGACGCCGCGCGUCCUACCUAUGAUACCGGGAGAUUUCACUGCUCGGAGAGUUUCUGCAGCGAAUAAUGCGGAGCUGAUCAAAACUUUUUCAGAAUCAGAAAUUAAAGAGGCCAUUUGGAGCUGUGACGGUGACAAGAGCCCGGGACCGGAUGGCUUUAACCUCAAGUUCUGGAAAGCGUCAUGGGAGAUUAUCAAGAAAGAUUUUUUAAAGGUUUUGGCGAAUAGGAUGAAACAGGUCAUGGAUUCAGUUAUUUCGGAUAAUCAGAGUGCCUUCAUUGGCAGCCGUUACAUCCUUGAUGGGGUCGUGGUUCUAAAUGAAGCAAUCGCGGAGGCUACUAAGAAGAGAAAAGGGAGGAUUAUCUUCAAGGAGCUGUUUAAGCCGGUAAAGGUAGGAAAUGAUUACAUUUCAAUUCCGCACCUCCAAUACGCCGAUGACACGGUCUUCUUGAUGGAGAAUGAUGAAAGAAAUGCAGUGGCAGUUAAAAGGAUUCUCAGAGUGUUCCAGCUACUGUCAGGGCUUGCUGUGAAUUUCAAAAAAUGUUGUCUCUUUGGAGUUGGGGUUGAGGAGGAUAAGAUCGAGAGGAUGGCGGCUGUUUUGGGUUGUGAUGUAGGCUCCUUACCUUUCAAUUACCUCGGUAUUAAAGUGGGUAGCAAGGGCAAAAAGGUUGCUGAUUGGAAAUACUUGGUUGAGAAGCUGUUAAAGAAACCAAGAAAAGCAAGGGAGAGAAGUAUGGAGAAGAUUUAG